AUGAAGUACACGAUUCCCUUGGUCGCCAUGGCCAACAUCGCCACCGUGGCCGGCCUUACCCAGCAGUGCACCGGCCGUGCCGUCAACGAGGGCGGCAACUUCUUCUGCGGCGCCGUCGAGCACAUCGUGUACAAGGGCGUCGGCAGCGCCGGCAGCUACCAGGCCGUCAAGGGCAUGACCUCGACCGGCGAGUGCCAGAAGGAGCCCAAGUCGUUUAGCGGUCCUCUUGCUCCUCUGGACGAAGGUCUCUCCCUGCACUUUCGCGGCCCCAUCCGCGUCAAGGAGGUGGCCGUCUACACGCUGUCCGCCAAGGCGAAGCAGAGACGGCAACAAGGCGAGGCCACAGAAGGCCCGGCCCAAGGCGCUGCCGCCGCCCACGGCCACCAGCAGUUCCACGAGGCGGCCAGGAAGAAGAAGAAGCGCGCCCCCGCCGAGUGGGUGACGGCCACCAUCAACGGCCAAGUCGUGUCCUGGGAGAACAACUGGCACGGCGGCAACCCGACGCCGGCCCCUCUGGCCGCUGCCGCUGCCGCUGCCGCUCCCACCGUGCCGGCCGCGCCGGCCGCGCCCAAGCCCAAAGCCAAGCCGGCCACCUCGGGCCAGGCCUGGGACCGCACCUCGUACUACAACGCCGAGACGCAGCAGGCCGAGAACCUCGUCUUCCUCGGGAACCACGGUGGCCAGGGCUCCGGCCAGUUUGACACUGUCUGGGGCAACUCGCUCUCGUACCUCAACGCCCAGGGCACCGCCGGCGCCAGCUCCUCCCAGAUCCUCGCCGACGUCGACAUUCCCUCGGACAAGGAGUUUUCCAUCUUCAGCGGCGAGCCUUGCGACGAGAGCUGCGGCUUCUCGCGCGCCAAGGACGUCGCGUACAAGGGCUUCGAGGGCGCGCACAAGGUCUUCCUCUUCAAGUUCAAGAUGCCUCUCGACGGCAACCGCGCCAACAACAACGGCGACAUGCCCGCCAUCUGGUCCCUCAACGCGCACAUCCCCCGCUCGGCGCAGUACAACGCCUGCAGCUGCUGGCCCAAGUGCGGCGAGUUUGACUUUUUCGAGGUCCUCGCCUCGGGCGACACAAAGUGCAAGAGCACCCUCCACCUCAGCCCCGGCGGCGGCUCCUCCGACUACUUUGCCCGGCCCACCGACGCCUACAUCAAGGGCGCCGUCGUCUUCGACGCCGACGCCGGUGCCGUCGCCAUCCGCGUCCUGCCGGCCGACACGGACUUUUCAAAGGGCCUCGACGACGCCACCGUCCAGGCCUGGCUCACUGGCCAGAGCCCCUCCGCCGGCGGCCUCGUGGGAGGGCUCCUCUCGAGCGUCUUUGAGCUUGUCGGCGGCCGCUUGAGCGCCUAA